AUGCCGCAGCAGCUCGCGGCCAAGGAGGCUGCCCAAUUUCGGCAAGUCCUCCGCAGCUAUGAGGAAAAGCAGUACAAGCGCGGCAUCAAAACGGCGGAUCUCAUCUUGAAAAAAGUGCCCAAGCAUGGAGAGACCAUGGCCAUGAAAGCCCUGAUCCUCAAUGGCCAAGGGAAGACGGAGGAAGCGUUUGCCCUAGGUAAAGAAGCCCUCCACGCCGACAUGAAGUCUCACAUUUGCUGGCACGUGUACGGUAUCCUCUACCGGGCAAAGAAGAACUUUGAGGAGGCGGCCAAGGCCUACAAGUUUGCGCUCAGGCUGGAACCGACUUCGGCACAAAUACAGCGUGAUCUAGCUGCCCUCCAGAUCCAAAUGAGAGACUACCAGGGCUUCGUCCAGACCCGAAAUGCCAUGCUGCAGGCCCGCCCGCAGAUGCGACAGAGCUGGACGGCCCUCGCCCUUGCCCACCACCUGGCCGGCAAUCUGACCGAGGCAGAAAAUGUCAUCACGACCUUCGAGGACACACUCAAGACGAAACCCUCCCGCUACGAUAUGGAGCACUCCGAGGCCGUCAUGUACAAAAACUCCAUCAUUGCGGAGCAAGGCGACUACAAGCGUGCGCUCGAGCAUCUCGAGGCUGAUGCCAACCAAAAUCUCGACCGACUCGCCUUUCUCGAGAACCGCGCCGAAUACCUGCUGAAGCUUGAUCGCAAAGAGGAAGCCGUCAAGGCCUACCGAGCUCUUAUUGAUCGCAACUGCGAGCACGCGACAUACUAUACGAAGCUCGCCGAAGCGUUGAACAUCGCAGAAAAUGAUUGGAAAGCCAGAAAGGCGGUUUAUGACGAAUAUGCCGCCAAGUAUCCGCGCUCUGAUGCUGGUCGCCGAAUUCCCCUAGACUUUCUCAGCGGUGAUGAGUUCCGCCAGGCCGCCAGCGACUAUGUUACUCUGAUGCUGAACAAGGGUGUGCCCUCGACCUUUGCCAACCUGAAGCACCUCUACUCGGACAAGUCGAAAAAGGAUACCCUCUUGAAGCUUGUCGAACAGUACCUUGUCUCCCAGGAAUCCGACUCGGCUAGCAAGGACAAGGGCGAGGCUGCCGCUCUAUUUUACCUGGCCCAGCACCACAACUAUCACAUGAGCCGCGAUCUGGCCAAGGCCAUGGAGUACAUUGAAAAGGCCAUCGAAAAGGACAGCAAGAGCGUAGACUACCAUAUGACCAAGGCCAGAAUUCUGAAACACAGCGGCAACCUACAGAAGGCCUCGGAGAUGAUGGACUAUGCCAGAAGUCUAGACUUGAAGGAUCGCUACAUCAACAGCAAAGCCGCCAAGUACCAGCUUCGCAACAAUCAGAACGAAAAGGCUCUCAAGACUGUCGGUCUGUUUACGCGCGCUGACACUGUCGGUGGGCCUCUCGCCGACUUGCUAGACAUGCAAUGCAUGUGGUUCCUGACGGAGGACGGCCGCGCCUAUGCAAGACAGGGCAACACUGGACUCGCACUCAAGCGUUUCCAUCAGAUUGCCAACAUUUUUGACGUUUGGCAAGAGGACCAGUUUGACUUUCACGGCUUCUCUCUGCGCAAGGGUCUGAUUCGUGCGUAUAUUGACAUGGUGCGCUGGGAGGAUCAUGUCUUUGACCAUCCCUUUUACACCCGUGCCGCCCUCGAUGCCAUUGGCAUCUACCUAAACAUGGCUGACAGGGCUGCCGCUGUUGCUGCCAAUGGGAACGGCGAGGCUGACUCUGAGGAGCUGCUAGCCCAGAAAAAGGCGCUCAAGAAAGCCAAAAAGGAACAGCAGCGCAUGGAGCGCGAGGCGGCCGAGAAGCAGGCCAAGCAAGACCCAAACAAGGCUGUUGGCCCCGAAGGUGAAGCUAAGAAGACGGAUGAGGACCCUCUGGGCCUGACGCUGGCAGCCACCGCUGACCCUCUUGGUGCGGCCAUGAAGCUUCUCUCCCCGAUGCUGGAGGCGAGCCCCAAGAGCAUCGAAGUGCAGCUGGCUGGUUUUGAAGUGUUUAUUCGCAGAGAAAAAUACGCACUGGCCCUUCGCUGCCUGAAUGCUGCCAUUGCCCUUGACGGUAGUAACCCCAAGCUGCACGCCCAGAUUGUCACCUUUGCCAAGACGCUCAAGACGGCUUCGGGUCUGCCACCCAAGGUUGUUGAGGUCCUCAAGGCCGAAUUCAAGGCCGUGGAUCUCGCCACGGACCUGGCCAAGUACACUGCCGACUAUGAGGCGAAGCAUAAGGACAGCAUCCGCCACAUCCUGUCAUCCGUGGCCGCGCAACGCGCCUUAGACGGCAACAAGGGCACCAGCGAUAAGCAGCUCACGGCUGCCCUGAACCUGCCCAGUACCACCUUCACCGACGCGAUCGAGGUGCUGGGCUCUUUGAGGAGCUGGAAGAGUGCCGAGGCGGAGGCCUUUCAGAAGGCGGCCCACGCCAAGUUUCCAGAGGCUACCAGGCUCGCCUGA